UCAUGGACGCACUACCGCGAACCUAGCCGAAUAAAUUGUUCCUACCGUUCCAUUGUCAGACACUCAAUUCCGUAGUUAUCGUGUAUUGCGAAUUAAUUGUUUUUCAUAUUUUCUAUUAUUAAGAUGACUGACUAUUAACACCAUUCAUUUCGACUACGUAUUUCACUAUUUGUUACAAACAAAAUAAUAAAUAUCGUUCAUAAAAAUGUUUUCCAAAAUGAUUAAUUUUUACGGGUUGUUUGUAGUAUUCACUAUAAAUUUAGGUAAGUGAUAUUUAUUUUCCAGAUAAUGUCCAUGCAAUUAAAAUAAUGUCGUUUCGUAUUAAUAUGUUUCUAACCUAUCGUUAAUUACCUAUGAUAAUAUUACUAGUUGAGUGUUUUAUUUCAUUUGUCUAUAACUAUUGUACCAACUAACAAAUAUCUAGUUCUUACUGAUUCAAUUUUGGGAAGGAUAAUUCAUUUAAAUUAUAACAUCUUAAAGAAAAUAUUCAUUUUUUAACUUCCCUAUGAAUAACUUGUGAUAUUGUGCCUACUUGCUUUUUCAAUGGUAUGCGAGUAUAAACCGAAUAAACUAAAUCUGAAGAAUGCUACAAUAUAUAUGUAUACAUACUUAACAUUAUUUAUCUAACAAUUAAUGUAUUAAUUAUUAUUUAUUCUAGAGUAUUAUAAAUGAUUUUGUUGGUUAGUAUUUUAAUGACUUAACGUUUUAUAUUUUAAUUUUUUUUUGUUUAUUUAAUUUGUAUCUAAAGAUGGACCUAGACCUAUAUUAUAGUACCUAUGUACCUAAGUUACUUAAGUAAUAUUGAUACGCUUUAGAUAUUGUGAGAAAUAACAAUGGUAAUAUUUUCUACAGUACCUACAUCAGUACAUAAAAUCAACUGGCUAGUGAUUUAAAGAAUUUCAUUGAUUUCAUUCACAUACAAUUUAUCAGGAAUAGGUAUUUUGUGAAUUUUUAGAAGAAUAUGAUCAAUUUUUCUCAUCAAGAUAAUAUUUUGUUAUCUUUAAAAAGAUUUUCAUCUUAAACAAAUUUACCUAAUUUAAAUAAUUUUUGAAUAAUAUGUAAUUAUUUUUGUCUAGAAUUAGGUAUACUUAAUUUUUUUUUUAGAAAUUGUAUACAUCAUUUAUUUAUUCAUAAACCCUUUUAAUCUGGGGAUUAAAUAUUUUUGUUAGAUAUUUUUUUUCUUUAUAUUUAAUAACAAUAUAGUUACAACUCUAAAAAAAAAAAACUAGUACCUACUAGUAUUAUUAGGUAUAAUGAUAUUAAGUAAGCCAUAAAUAUGUUUUAACAUUGACUAAUAAUACAUUAAUUUGUCCUGUUUGUCCCAUGUGAAGAUUUAGGUAUAAUGUCUUUAGAUAAAAGAAUAAAUGUGUUGAACUGUAGAUUUUUUUUAUGAAUAAAGUUAUUCUGAAUUUCUUAAGCAUUUAAAUUUUAGAUUAAACCAAACAUGUUCAAGAACUAAAUCAUUAUUUUUUUCUUCACUGGUUGAUAAAAAAUACAUGUUAUACACCCCAACAAAAGUUCUUAUGGCCGUGGGUAAUUCAGUUCAUAAUUUAGAUAUAUUUAACACUACUUAAUUUUUCAAAUAUUUUAUCCAAUUAAUACUAUUUACUAUCUUACAAUAUUUCAUUACAUCCUUAAUUUAUUAAUAAUAGUUUAGUUUAUUUUGUAUAAUAUAUUAUAAUUCCAUUAAUUCUUGUAUAAAUUUAUUACAUAAAUUGUUUGUUUUGUAUGAUAACUUAAUUUUAUUAUUUAGUAUUAAUAGAUUAUUUUUUUCACUAUAUAUAUAUAUAUAUAUAUAUAUAAACUGUCAAUUUAUUAUUUUGAAAUUGGAAAUUAAUUUCUGUAAAUAUAAAUUAUUAUUAUUAUAAUGACUUCUUAAAACCGAAAAAACCAUAAAAGUUCCAAUCCCAGACAUCAACAUUAAUUAAUUCCUUUUUAAAACGAACCUUCUAAGAAUCCAAGCACUGCAUAAAACAUAAAACAUCUAUAAAUCAUAAUAUCUUAUUAUUUGUACAUACAAAUUAAUUUAACUACCUGAUAUUUUUAUUUGUUCAAAUAUGUAUUAUUAUUUGUAUAAUAAAUUACAUAUUAAUUCAUAUAUUUUAUUGAAUAUAAUGUAUACCAUCAUUUUUUAGUAUCUCAUGUAUGUUAUUACAAAAUAAUGACUGUAUUAACUUAAGAGGAUGCCACACCAACAUCUACUGUCUCACUUAGCAAAUUUGCAUUCAGUAAGACAUAUUUUGUGCCAAUAGUUUUAAUAUUAAAGCAAAUUAACUUAUUACCAAACUUAAAAGAAUAAGAAGAUUAUAUAUACCCUAGCAUUGAUGUUUUUUUCGAUAUUUUAAUUUUCAAGUAAGAUAUAAUCAUUUUUAAAUUGAGGUAUUUAACAUACUCGUAUCUCAUUUAAAAAUAUAUGCUCUAGAGAUCAUCUACCUUUAAUUUUGAUUAUAUGUCAAUUUGCUUUAAUAUUAAAACUAAUGUCACAAAAUAUGUCCUACUGAAUACAAAUUUACUAUGUCUCCUAUUUGUAAAUUUCACUGAAAAUUUCUAUGGCCAACAGACCAAAAUACUUUUAAUUUUAUAAACAAGAUUUUAAGAUUUGUCAGUCAAAUGUAGAUUUUGGUGUAUAUCUAUUUUAUAUCCCAUACUAUAUGCUAUAACAAAAUAAUUAGUAUAUUCAUUUUACGUACUGAUUAUUUAUUUAUUCAAUUUAUUCAAAUCAUUGUUCAAUUUAUUUUCAGUAUUUUCUCAAAGAACACCAACAAUAUCUCAUAUUACUCAAAAACCUAUUAAGGAUAUUGGUGGAACUGCAGAAUUAACAUGUUCAGUUCUCUAUGCUAUGGAAUACCCAGUUUUGUGGUUGAAAAUUGAUAGAGGAAAAGUUACCGAACCCGUUGUACUUUCAACUGGUAGUACAUUGAUUAUCAAGGACUCGAGGUUUUCAUUAAGGCAAGACAUUGACAGCACCAGUUAUACAUUACAGGUAUUAAACCAUUAACUUAUGUUACAAAUGAUUAUCCAAAUAUUUAACAUAUAAAUUUAACAAAAAUUUUAAUUAUUAGAUUAAGGAUAUUCAAGAGACUGAUGCAGGUUUUUAUCGGUGUCAAGUAGUGCUUGGGUUAAAUAAUAAAAUAUCUGCUGAAGUUGAAUUGGAAGUGCGUCUUCCUCCUAUUAUUUCUGAUAAUUCAACAAGAUCGUUGGUUGUAAAUGAAGGUCAACCAGUGAAAUUAGAAUGCUAUGCUGGUGGUUUUCCUAGUCCGAGAAUUUCAUGGAGACGAGAAAACAAUGCAAUUUUACCUACAGGUGGAUCAAUUUACAGGUAAAUAAAGCAAUUAUAAAACAAUGAUAGGUAUAAGAAAAUAUUUAACUUUGAUAAAAAAAUUAAUUUUACAGAGGUAACAUUUUAAAAAUUCCCGCUAUAACGAAAGAAGACAGGGGUACAUACUAUUGUGUGGCUGAAAAUGGUGUUGGACGUGGUGCCAGACGUAAUAUUGCUGUAGAGGUAGAAUUUGCUCCGGUUAUAAGUGUUCCUAAACCUCGUCUUGGACAAGCUUUACAGUAUGACAUGGAUCUUGAAUGUCAUAUUGAAGCAUAUCCUCCACCAGCUAUUGUUUGGUUAAAUAAUGGAAUUACACUGUCUAAUAAUCAACAUUAUAGGUAAAUGAUUAUUACUUAAAAACUGUAACACGUGUAAUUAUAAUUUAAUACAUGUAUUUUUUUUCAAUGUUUAGGAUAUCACAUUUUGCUACUGCAGAUGAAUUUACAGACACAACAAUACGUGUCAUUACUAUUGAAAAGCGUCAAUAUGGUGAUUACAUUUGCAAAGCUACAAAUGUUUUGGGAACUGCUGAAAGUGUUGUCAAUCUUUAUGGUAUGUUAAUUUUUUUUUUUCUAGUUUGAUCUCCAAUAAGGUUAUGUGGUUUUAGAAUUUUUCUUGUUUCUAAAAAAAAAAACCCCAAAUAAAAUUAUUAAAAUGGUUAAUACUUGUAAAUAAAUAUCAAAAUAAAAUUAAUAAAUGAAUGAAUACGGUCCCUGGGGUAUUAUAAUAAGUGUAUUAUACGACUGGUUUCAAAUUAAAAAUUCAUCAGGUAUAUCACAGUCAAAAUAUAAAACGCAACUGAAUAUAAAAAAUUAAACGAAGGAAUAUAUAGAAAAAAAAUUAUACAAAUUGAUCAUUUUAAAUAGAAUAUAGAAAUAAUUGAUUUUAUUAUGAGAGAUUAUUUAAAAUUAGUUAUUAUUAGACUUAGGUAUGUAAAAAAAUAUAAAUUAUUUAGUAAUUUGUUAUUAUCUAAAAUGUAUUGAUUUAAAAUAUAAUUUUUUAAAUCAGUUUGAACAUUUAAAAUAUUAUUAAAAUUAUUUUUUUUUUUAUUUCAUUGUGUAUGUGUAAUUUUUCUAAAACUAAAUUUAUGUAAAUGUUAUUUUGCGUAUUCAAUAUUUCUAAGUUUGUAUUAAUAUCAAAACUUAUAUUAUGGUUAUUUUCUAAAACAUGUUUAGCGAAAUUUGAAUUAAUACAUUAUUAUUUAUUCUAAUAAAAUAUUUUUUUGCAGAAACAAUAAUACCAGUGUGCCCACCAGCUUGUGGCCAACAAUCAUCACAUCAAAAAAGUUCAAGCAUUGCUGCUACUAGUGUCAAUCUAACAAUCCUAAUUUCUGCAUAUCUUUAUUAUGUUCACUUGAAUUUUUAAAUGGUUUUACUUUUAUUAAGCUAUUUAAUGAUUUAUUAUCCGUCCAAAUAUUAUAUUAUCCGUCCAAAUAUUAUAUUAUAAGAGUUCAUUAAUGUUUAAAUAGAACAAUUAGAUUUUUAGACAAAUAAUUCAUAAACCUUUUUCAUAGAAAUAAGAUUAAAAGAUAAUUUUUGAUUUAAAAGAAUAUGUUUCAUAUAUAUCUUUUUAAUAAUAAGUAGUUAUUAAAAUCCAAAAAAAAAAUAGUUGAUCUGAUAUUUUAUACUUUUUUACUAAAAAAAAUUUUUACCAGACUUGUAUACUUUAAAUUAUUUGUAAUCCUUAGAUAUAUUUAUAAUAUUUGUAUUAAUUUAGAAUUUGAACUAUUUGAAUAAUUAUAUAACACUUCCAUUAAUAUACCAUUCUACAAAAGAAUUAUAUUUAUUUUA